AUGAAGUUCCGACGCGCCGCUGCGGAGUGCGAGAGGAAGAUGGAUCGUCAGGCGCUUCUCAGGCAAGAGGAAUCCUCAUCGCCAGUACGGAAUAACAACGACAGUGGCUACAACCUCGGCAGAAUUGUAGGAGAUUGGAGGUACCAAGCCGGCUUGUACUCAUUACUCAGCGAGCAUCAUGGGCUUCCUGGGACCGCGUACACCAAUCUCAGAGGCGUUGCGCUGGUCGCGCCCUGGGUCAUGUACCUAGGAGCGGCCGACAUAGCGCUGUCCCUGCUCCUGCCCGUGAAGCUAUUCGCGCCCGACCUGGUCUACCGCGUCUCGUCAUGGAUCGCCUACUCGGUCUGGCGCUGGGUCCAGGGCAUCUUCGAAGUUGGCAACGGCGCUCAAAUCCACUUCCACGGGGAUGUCCUGCCGCAGAAGGAGUCCGCCAUCAUCGUCUCCAACCACGUCAGCUGGACCGACUUCUACAUGAUCCAGGCCCUCGCGCAGCGGUCUGGCAUGCUGGGCCAGUGUCGGUGGUUCGCGAAGAUCCAGCUACGCGCGGUGCCGUUCCUCGGCUGGGGCCUGUGGGCGAUGGGGUUGAUCAGCUUCAGUGAAGCCACGAGGUUUACAGCCCAAAAGUACGAAGAGUCCAAGAUAUGGUGCAAGCAGAACGGCCGUCCGCAGCCCCUGCACCUGCUCUACCCGCGCACCAAGGGAUUUAUCAAGACGGUGCAGCAUCUGCGAAAGGCGCCGCACGUGAAGGCGGUGUAUGAUUUCACGAUUGCGUAUCAGCACAGGAACCGGUUCCUCGCGGCGCCUGAUAUGUGGCAGACGCUGAAGCUGCCUAAUCUGACGAGCGUUCAUGGCUACCAAUUUCACGUCAUGGCUCGGCGCUAUCCCCUCGACGAGCUACCGCAUACAGACGAGGAGCUGGCGAAGUGGCUCGAGGAGCGAUGGGUCGAGAAGGGAGAGUGGCUGGAAAGCAGGAGGCUCGAAUGGGCAUCCAAGUAG